GGAGUGGAUGGAGGUAUAGAAACCCCCUAACCCAAUAUUUGUUUUACUGAGGUUUUUUUGCAUGCAGUUGCUGUGAAUUCCAUUGCACAGUUUUAGGCAGAAAUAUGUCUUCACGCAUACCAUAUUUCUGUCCCGAUUGCUUCGACGAAGAUGACUGGUCGAACACAGAUAAUAUGGGGAAAGGCAUGCCAGGGAAUUCUAAUAUGGAAUUUGAAGUACACCCCAAAUCUGGACGUUCACAAAAUCUCUAUGAUGACGACAAGGAGUUUACAAAGUCUUCUACCUGGUCAUACAAGGACAGUAGACGUAUGGGGAGAGAAAUGAAAAGGAGACAGAAACGUAUGGACGAUUCUAGUUCUUUUGGAGGUUUUUGCCCAUGUCAGGAGUUUGACACAGACGAUGAUGUGCCAUUGAGCAGCCUGAAGAUGGUGGUUGAUACGUCUCAGUCUACAGAUAAAAUGUUUAUUGCUUUGGUGAAGAUGGUUGGUUUUAGUUCUAAUGAUGUCAAAGUAAAAGUGAAAAAUUGUAAUCUUAUUGUUUCUGCAAACCAUGAGGACAGUUUCGAUGACAACAUAGGAAAGAAAGAAUACAGGUACAAACACAUAUGCCACCAGUUCAAUCUGCCUGCAUCUGUCAAAGAAGAGGACGUGAAACAUUCCCUUGAAAAUGACAAAACUCUAAGAAUUGAAGUUCAUUUGCCUGAGUCCAAAGAUAAUAAACCCUUUGAUAGAGACAACUUCAUCGGUAAGAACAAAAAUGAAGAGAAAUCCAAGAAUAAAGAAACGUAUUGGUGAUGUGUCCUGAACUGUAGCUAACGUGAUACAAGAAAAAGGGAUUGUAGUUAAUGUCGUUUGACCAACAUCACAAUAAAAUA